GUAGACUCGCACUAGCAGGAAGUGAUGUCAUCCAUCCGUCGCUGAGGGCGACCCUCAUCGUUGGCUAGUUUUACAAUAAAUUAACGACCAUUUAAAAGCGUAUUCGCAGAGGUGGCGAUGGGUGACAUUCGUCAGUCUUUGCUUCCUCGCGAUGUUCUGAAUGCAGCAAAGGAGUUGCUCUACCAUUUGGACAUCUACAUCUGUAACAUGGUGCAAUCAGGGAGACAGCCUCCUCAGGUGGACUCGAAAACCUUGGACCUGGUGGAAGAGUUCAUACUGCAUGCACCCAAGGACAGAAAUGCCCCAGUUAGGAGGAUGAGUGCCAUUCAGGAGCUCCAGUUGUUGGAGAUUAUGUGCAGUUGUUUCCAGGAACAGAGCCGUGAUACAGUCCGGCAACUUGUGUUCUCCGCCCUCUUCAGUCUCCAGGGCAACCAGGCAGAUGAAAGCCGCAUGGCACUGUUAGGCAAGCUGGUCUCCAUGGCUGUUGCUGUGGGCAGGGUACCUAUUUUAGAAUGUGCUGCUACCUGGUUACAGAGAACCCACCGUGUAUACUGUGUGCGCCUAGCUCAGGUGUUGGUCGAUGAUUACUGUAGUAUGGUUCCUGGCUCAGUACCCACCCUUCAGAACAUACACAGCGCCAGCCCACGUUUCUGCUGCCAGUUUAUCACUGCUGUGACCACCCUCUACGACCUCUCCUCAGAGGAGCUCACUCCUCCUUUAGAACUCCUCCAGAUGAUUGUUUCGUGGAUCCAGGAUGACCCUCGGCUUGUCUUAAUCACCUUCUUGAACACGCCCCUUUCUGGAAGCCAGCCAGUCAGUUCACUUGAUGUCACACCAUUAGGAGGGCUGGUUCGCUGGUGUGUCAAAGCUCCACUGGCGUACAGGAAAGACAAGAAGCAAGCGCUGACCAAUAGCAGCUCUGAGAAUGAAGCAGAGGUGGGGCAUCUUUUCUCUGCACUUCAUCUGAGUGUCCUACAGGUCUUCAUGCUCCUGCCAAACAUACUAAACGAGAAAGGGCUUUUUGGCCGCCUGGCGCUGCUCCAAAUGGAAUCCUUGGCCGCGCUGACCUCUGACCUCUCCAGACUGUUGGACCAGGCCGACAAACAUACGCACACGUCAUCCGCUGAUACACACGCACUGUCUCAGCUGGCCCUGGACCGGCUGGCACAGGCCCUGCAGGUGGCUAUGGCCAACAGAGCCCUGCUUUGCUCAAGAGAGGAUCUGCGCGCCAUCUGUUCCCGCCUUCCGCAUAACAAUUUGCUCCAGCUGGUUUUGUCAGGCCCAGUGAUGUACUACAACAACAUCCACACCCCUCCAAUGGCUUUUAGCCCGCACGCCUCCCAUUCCCCCAUCGCCUCACACACAACACACCCCGCUCACCCCACACACCCUACUCUUCCCACUCACCCCACACACGCCCCACACGCACCUCUGGCCUCCCAUCCCUCCCCUCAUCCCCAGUAUCCAGCUCAGCCGUUCAUGACAGGGAUGCCAUUUCCCUUCAGACCCAGCCACUAAACGUCAGAGCAGAAGCUGUGUGUUCUAAGUACGUAUGUGCGGAUGGUGUGUAUGUAAAUGUAUGCGCUGAUGCGGAUGGUUUGUGUACAGUAUGUGUGAGUGUUGGUAGGAUGUGUUAUGUAUUAUGAUGUUAGUGAGCAGAUUCGCUUUUAAAUAAAGUCUGUGAGACUGUCACAUUUGUCCAAUAAAUAUUUUUUUACUUCA